AUGCCAGUCAGCCUGGCCCGCCACGGCGACGACCCGGCGGCCGGCUUCCACCGCGCCCUGGCGGCCAUGCCCGAGGUGCUGGAGGCCCACGCCAUCACCGGCGACGCCGACUACCUGCUGCGGGUGGUGGCGCCGGACCUGGAGGCCUUCUCCGACGUGGUGCUCAAGCGCCUGCUGGCCCUGCCGGGCGUCGCCACGGUGCGCUCCAGCCUGUCGCUCGGCGAGAUCAAGGCGGGGAGCGCGGGCGGGCGGGGAGCGCGGGCGGCGCGAUCGGCGUUUUGCGGGUCGCAUCGACCGCCCCCAUAUGGCAGACAGAGGCCACCUCCCCCGACCGCGGAGCGAAGAGACGUGUUCUGGAAGCUGCUGCCCUGGAUCCUGCGCGGCCUGGCGCUGGCGAUCGCCGCCGCCUUCCUGCAUUUCUACCUGCCGCAGGGCGACGUGGUGCGCAUCACCGGCACCGAGGUCAAGCGCAUGGACGUCGACACCGGCGAACUGCGCGACGGCGCGCAGCCCGGCGCCACCCGCGACGUGCGCUUCAUCAACGCGGUGACCGAGACCGGCGCCACCCGCGUCUAUCGCAACGAGGACACCGGCUGGGGCUUCCCGCCCUACCUGAAGUUCGACUCCGCCGACAUCACCGCCCAGUCCCAGGACCUGGCCGGGCGCAACGCCUGGGUCCUGGUCGAGCAUUACGGCUGGCGCAUCCGCUUCCUGUCGAUGUUCCCCAACGCCGUCGACCUGACCGAGGUGGAGGCGGGCUACGAGUAUUUCCCCUGGGCCGCGCUGAUCAUCCUGGCCCUGCUGCUGGCCGCCCUGGUGGCCGGCUACAUCGCGGUGCUGCGCCUGGUCGCCAGCCUGCACAUCGAGGAGCGCAUCGCCGGCGGCGAGGAGCGGGUCGAGGAUCUGCGCUCGCGCCUGCACCGCCAGCUCGUCGAGUGGCGCGCGAAGGACCCUGAUCCCAUGCCCGACCUGAUCCUGCUGCGCCACGGACAGAGCGAUUGGAACAAGCAGAACCGCUUCACCGGCUGGACCGACGUCGACCUCUCCGAGGCCGGCCGCGCCGAGGCGCAGGAGGCCGGCCGCCUGAUGGCCGCGCACGGCUUCGACCCGCAGGUCUGCUUCACCAGCUACCUCAAGCGCGCGAUCCGCACACUCUGGAUCGCGCUGGACGAGCUCGACCGCAUGUGGCUGCCGGUGCACAAGCACUGGCGCCUGAACGAGCGGCACUACGGCGACCUGCAGGGUCUCAACAAGGCGGAGAUGGCGGCCAAGGUGGGCGAGGAGCAGGUCCACGUCUGGCGCCGCAGCUUCGACGUGGCGCCGCCGGCGCUGCAGUCCGACGACCCGCGCCACCCCGACAACGACCGCAAGUACGCCGCCCUGAGCGCGGCCGAGCGCCCGGCCACCGAGAGCCUGAAGGACACCAUCGCGCGGGUGCUGCCCUAUUGGCACGAGGCCGUCGUGCCGGAGCUGAAGGCCGGCCGGCGGGUGCUGAUCGCCGCCCACGGCAACUCCCUGCGCGGGCUGGUGAAGUACCUGGACGGCAUCUCCGACGCCGAGAUUCCCGGGGUCGAGAUCCCCACCGGCACGCCGCUGGGCUACCGCCUCGACGCCGAUCUCAAGCCGACCGACAAGUUCUACCUCUCCGAACGCAGCCCCGGCGCAGCGGCGGACCGCCCCAUGCUUCUGGUGACCCAGGUCGAAGGCCCCGACACCGCCGCCGUCCGCCACGUCGCCCGCUACCGCUGCACCGGCUUCAACCAGUCCCGUCCCGAGGCCGGCGAGCUGAGCCGGAUCAACUGGCUGGUCAGCGCCGCCGGCCGCACCAUCGCGGAGUUUCCGGCACGCGGGGCGGUGCUGGAGUUCGCCCCGAUGGACGACCUGGAGGGCUGCACCAUCACGGUGCAGCCCUACCGCAACCGCCCGAGCGCGCAGGUCGGGGUGACCACGCGCGUGACCCGGGGCGCCCGGCCCCUGGCCCGGGAGGACGCCCGGCCACCGGCCGCCCCCGGUCCUGGCGCGCGCCCCGGUCCUGGCGCGGCUUCUGGUUCUGGCGCGGCUUCUGGCGCUGCCCCUGCGCCCGCCCGGCCCUCUCCCGCUGCCCCGGCCCCGCGGGUCGCCCUGCGCCACGCCGGCAACCGCUUCUACGCGCGCGUCAACGAGGGACCGGAGCGCUACGUCGGCACCGAGGUCACCUAUCUCGACCGGCGCGGCCUGAUGAACGUCGAGGCCCAGGCCGGCGCGGUCUAUGCCGCCGAGGCCCACCGCCACAGCCUGGGACACUGGGCCGAGGUGAUCGUCCCCACCGCCAUGGCCGAGAGCCGGGGCGCCUACACCUGCCUCAACACCUACGACCGCGCGGCCUUCACCUUCGGCUUCCUGCAGUGGGCGGCGCACACCCCGAACGCCAAUUUCGUGUGCCUGCUGCGCAAGCUGCUCGCCCUGCCCAGCGCGGCGACCCUGUUUCCCGAGCUGACCCUGGUCGACGGCCGGGUCGCCCUGCGCGGCGGCGGCGGUCCCCGGCUGCUGGAGAGCGAUCAGUCGACCGCGCCGCUGAUGGCCUGGCUCAACGACACCCCGGACAGCGUCGACCGCGACGAGGCGCAGGUCGCGGCGCGCUUCGUCGACUGGGCGCUCGGCUAUGCCGAGCAUCGCCAGGCCCAGGUCGACUUCGCCGUCGCCGAGGCCAAGCGCGCCAUGGCCGGCUACGCCCGGCGCUACGGCCUCGACGGGGCCGGUGACGAGCUGCUCGUGGCGGUGGCGGACAUCCGCCACCAGGGCCGCGCCGGCAGCGCGCAGAUCCUCACCGCCCUGCGUGCCGCCGAUCCGCUCGACGCGCUGCUGCGGCUCGGCGCCGAGCGCUACCCGACACGCUGCGCAACGCUGCGCAGCGAGAUCGACAAGCUGCGCCGCCAGGGCCGCCUCGGCCGCCUGGUCUUCGACGCGGCCCGCACCGCCUGGGUCGCCAGGCUCGACGUGAGCUGA